AUGUCGCUCUAUGAGCGAUCGGGCCUCCGACGUCAGCAGCCCGACGAUGGCAUGGAGCCAGACGAGCUCAGUCAGAAGCGACAGCGUCACGCCGCGUCAGUGCACCCAUCCAAAGAGCCUCAACAAAUCGCGCACGCCCAUGGUCUCGAUGAGUCACUGCAGCUUGCAGACUUGUAUGCACUCGUACGUCAGCUACAGCAGAAGCAAGACCAACACGACUUUGAGCGUCGGCGGGAUAUUCGCGUCUUCAUACAGCCCCAAGCCAUCAACGAUCUUUGUCUUCUCGCCUACCAACGAUCACAACCGAGACUCUAUCCCACGCCAUCAUUGACUGAGCUAAGAGCCCAUUUGGCCGAUCUGGCCCUCGUGACCGGCGCGGAGCCCCACAGAACGACACUUGCUUUCUUGAGGGAUCGCGUGCAAGCUACAGAGAACCGCAUGAGCACCAACAUGAGCAUCAGCUCCUUAGCGAGGCUGUGUCUGCAGUGCGAACGUAUCGAUGGGCUCUACCGAGGCACGGCACCCGUCGCAACUCAGGCUGUGCUUGCCUGGGUUCUCGGCGACGUCGAGUAUGCGCAAGUCAAGUCAUCCGUGGACGAUCUAUAA